AUGUCAAAAAUAUACAGAAAAGUGACUAGCAUAAUGCUCUGUGUCGGUAUUUUGCUGGGAUUGGUGUUGGAGUCUUGGUCUUUACCUAUGAAGGCCAGGCAGAGGUCAAAGAGAGGAUAUUUAGAGCAAUAUCUGGAACCAGAGGAGAUGAAUGCAAUGGACAGGAUUCUCAGAGCAAAUGAACGGUCUAGAGGAGGUUUAUUCAGGGAGGGUGACAUACUUAGUUCAGGCUCACCCAGAUCAGCCAUCACAUGUGCAGGAAAUUCAUGCCUCUGGCCGAAAUCUGUUGAUGGUUUUGUGUAUUUACCUUACAUCAUCUCCCAACUUUAUGAUGAUAUGGACAGAAUCACUAUAGAAACAGGAAUGUUGGACAUUUCCUCAAAAACAUGUGUAAAGUUUGUGCCUCGCUCACACGAAGCAAACUUCCUUAAUAUCCAGGCCAGAUCAGGGUGCUGGUCAUAUCUGGGUAUGACAGGAGGGAGUCAGAUUGUGUCUUUGCAGACUCCAGGCUGUAUGUGGUCAGGGGUGGCAUCCCACGAAAUGAUGCACGCUCUGGGAUUUGUACACGAACAGUCCCGCUCUGAUCGUGAUCGCUAUGUCACCAUCCUGUGGGAAAACAUCAUAGAGAAUCAAAGGCACAAUUUUAGGAAGUAUGAGACGAACAAUCUCAAUACUGCAUAUGACUACAGUUCUGUCAUGCACUAUGGAAGGUAUGCGUUCUCCGAGGAUGGGGGACCCACCAUCAUCCCUAAACCAGACCCUUACGUUCCUAUUGGCCAACGAGAUGGACCAAGUCCUCUCGACAUUCAUAAGAUAAACCUCCUCUAUAAUUGUGGUGGCUUGGUGUGA